ACCCCACGCGGGCAGCUCAUGACUGUGAUCCAGGAAACAUAAAAACGAGGUGUUAUUGAUUGCGCACGAUGGGCAUGACUCACUGCUUAAUGUGCGGGAAGUACUGUGUUUCGCCCUGGGAAUUUCACGAGUGGGUGUCUCAGCUGAGAACAACCGACGGAGUACGCUUUCGUCAUCGUUUCGCUUCAGUGAAAGUUCACAAUCACAAAUACGUGACAUACUCUCCUCGUUUCCGAUGAGCAUGGUAAACGGCGGGUAUGGAAGUGGCAAUGGGAAUGGUGGGGGCAGUGGAGGCGCGUUUGAAAAACUGGAAGACGCCAUGUCGACGUUGAACAGCCUCUUCUCCUUCACGAGCCCUGCGGUCAAGAAAUUGCUCGGCUGGAAGCAAGGGGAUGAAGAAGAGAAGUGGGCCGAGAAAGCAGUGGACUCGCUGGUGAAGAAGCUGAAGAAACGCAAAGGAGCUGUGGAAGACCUCGAAAGGGCACUGUCUUCCCCGGGACAGCCUUCCAAGUGCGUCACGAUACCGCGCUCCCUGGACGGACGACUCCAGGUAUCUCAUCGCAAGGGCCUCCCUCACGUCAUUUACUGUCGGGUAUGGAGGUGGCCAGAUCUCCAGAGCCACCACGAGCUGAAACCGCUGGAAUGCUGCGAAUAUCCAUUUUCUGCAAAGCAGAAAGAAGUGUGCAUCAACCCCUACCAUUACAAACGGGUUGAAAGCCCAGUACUACCUCCGGUACUGGUGCCCCGGCACAGCGAGUACCCACCGGGAGGCCAUCCCAUGAUACCCCCUCCGCCGUUCCAGCAGAUUUCGGAGCCCUCUAUGCCUCACAAUGUGAGCUUCUCGCCACAGGGGUUCACAAGCCCUCCAGCUGGAUCGGGAACAGGGGGUGGACCCCCAUCUGUCGGGGGCCAGACAGGUGGAGGUGGUGUGCCUUCACCAGGCCCCAGUCUCAGUAGCUCAGCACCCAACAGUCCCUUUGGGUUACCUGCCGAGACCCCACCGCCAGCGUACAGUCCGCAUGAUGACAGUCAGUCUGCAACAGAGGGACAGGACCAGACAAUGGACACGUCCAACCUUCCCUUAGAUGUCUCCCCGGUGACAUACCAGGAACCCCAGUACUGGUGUACCAUAGCGUACUACGAGCUCAACUCGCGAGUGGGUGAAAUAUUCCACGCCCAGAGCCACAGCAUUGUCAUCGAUGGUUUCACAGACCCGUCAAACAACAGCAAUCGUUUUUGCCUGGGCUUGUUGUCCAACGUGAACCGAAACUCUACCAUUGAGAACACACGGAGACACAUCGGGAAGGGAGUUCAUCUGUACUACGUAGGUGGUGAGGUGUACGCCGAGUGCCUCAGCGACAGUGCCAUCUUCGUGCAGAGUAGGAACUGCAACCACUCGCACCAAUUUCACCCGACUACUGUGUGUAAAAUUCCGCCUGGAUGCAGCUUGAAAAUAUUCAAUAACCAGGAAUUUGCGCAACUGCUGACGCAGGCAGUGAACCACGGGUUUGAAGCCGUCUACGAGCUCACGAAGAUGUGCACCAUUCGCAUGAGUUUUGUGAAGGGUUGGGGCGCGGAGUACCACCGGCAAGACGUCACCUCGACACCGUGUUGGAUCGAGGUGCACCUCUCCGGUCCCUUGCAGUGGUUGGACAAAGUGCUCACCCAAAUGGGGUCACCGCAUAACCCAAUUUCAUCGGUCUCGUGACCUCUCUCCCUUUGGACACCCGGUUGGUGGGGGGGCACAGUCGUAGCUGCCGCAGGCCUGCAAAAAAACUGUCUUCCUUCGAGACACUGCCCAGGCACAUUUUGUAAGUCUCAUCGCACCUCAUGGGGGUGGGGGGGUGGCUCCGCGACAUUACACACUGGACCCUCGAGGAAGCCGACACGUGAAGAACCGCCACCCUUGAAAUGUAGAACACUCGCCCUUCUGUGUCUACAAAUUUCGUGUCACUACGAUGCCAUGCGCUAUAAUGCUCUGCGUUUCUCAAAUGUCAGCUUGUGACGGAAUGGCUCAAGACUGUGGCGUUUGUUUAAAGAACUGUGUUUUAGUAAGGGAUGGUUGGGUUAUAGAUGGCCAGCUGGAGCGUCAGACAUGAUGCUGUCAACGUCUUCGAGACAAGUAAUGGCGGAGCGAAUUCAAGAGUUCUGCGGUCCAAGCAUAGGUGGGUCUAUGGCUUGAAGUGCACACGGUAAGCCUCAAGUUCGAGGCAGAGACUUUGCCACAAUCUACCGAUACCGUGUGCAUGGUAAAACCUUGUGUUUUGACUUGUGAAUUCAACCUGUGAACCAAAUUUUUUAUUUUUUUUUGUCUUGUUUGAAAAUCGAAGUCUUGUGUACUCUUACUCCAUGGUGGGGCAGUAGGUCUGUAGUGUUUUCGCGAUUGUACGUGUUUCUCGGAUGUCUCGUAUUUGCUGAAGUUGCUGUGGUUGGUGCAUGAUGACAAACUCAGCGUGAGUUAUAUUAUUUGGUUUGCUGUUUACGUGAUUACAUCACAUAACAGGUACACACGAUAAAAAAUGUAGUUUGGUAUUGAGGUUUGUGAUUUCAAAGUUGAAAACAUCGUGAUAUACUUCUAUGUGAGUUUGUAGGAUAAAAUUAAUGUAAUUUGUGGACAUUCUUUGGCCUGGUACGUCACAGAAGAGAGAGAAAAAAAGGGGGCGUGGUUAAAGAAAUGUGCAAUGUAGUUUCCCUAAUUUCAUGGGUAAGCAGGCAGAUAGGGGCAAUAUUUAGGGUGAUUGUUGAGGAGCUCAAGGCAUGCUCAUGAUAUAUGUGGAGCUUGCUUCACAGAAGUAAAUGUUCAUCUAAUGGAAUCAAAUCUAAUGGAAUCAUGCUGUGUAGUAGUGAGAUGUGUGUGACGUGUGCUUAUGUUGUAUACCUUAAGGUCCAGCUGCAACAUGCUGUGGUGUUCACAUAAAAAGGAGUCUGACCAUGAAGUAGAGCAAGUUGUAAAGUGCAUGGUGCCUGCCUGUCCUCUCUCCUGUUAACCCUUAACCCUACAAAACACUUAGAUGGAAAGCAAAGCAUUUUCUCCCCCGACUCUUCGACUGACACCUGUGUGCAAUUAUUUGUUUUUGAUUCGUACUACACUGGAACCCCGAGGUGUGGGCAGUGCACCAAGCAGUGGCAGUGCUUCAGAUCAAGGCUCCUCCACUGGUUAGACUCCAGUUCCUGUUCAGGUCGUACCAUUUUUAAUAGCGCUAAUGGAGUUGCAUAGCUUUCUUUGUGGUGGCCUUUGCAUGCUUAGGUAUCCUUCCUGCUUUUCAUAUACUCUAUUGUACAGGGCAUCAUCCAGUUCAUUCUACAUCCCUUCACAUAGCCCCUUCCCACCCCCUUCUUUCAUAUUUCCUGUGAACAAAGCCAGUUCAUGGAUAUGGUGGAGUAGUAUGCAGCAUGCAGAGUGUUUGUAUUCUGAAACCCUAUAUCCGUCGUACGUUUCUGUGUUUGCAUUUAGAGACAGACCAUUUGCAUAGAGAAGUGGAAAAAAAAAAAAAAAUUGUGUCCAACACAGUCAGACAUGACAUCACCCAUUAUUCGUGGUUUUUAUUUAAGUACCGUCAUUGUAGAGAUGCAUUGUCAGCCUCACGUUUUACCACACCCUUAACCAAUGCAAUAACGUGUAAAAGCAUUGUUACGCAUUGCUUUGUGUACCUUUUUUGCUCGUAUACUUCAGAUUUACCGUGCAAAUUUUAAUGAGGUAUGCCAGAAGAGAGGAUAUAUUUUACCUACGUUCUUGUUCAAUAUGCAGGCUGAGCUUCUUUGCAGAUUUAUUCGCAAGUGUGUAUCAUGCAGGUGUUGCUGCAACGUGCCUUUAUUUCUUACGCUUGCUAUAAUACUUAAGUCAGCAUGCCCGGGACAGUAUUCUUGUCAAAAGACUGCCUUUUCAUAACGUCUUUGCCGUGUGCACAGUGUUGCCACACCUGCGCGGCUUUCGACGACCGUUAUAUUUGUUGUGCCCUAGAAGAGGGUCUUUUGACGGCAGUACUUGUUCGGCUGCUUCGAGGAAGAACGCAGACGCAAAGUGCAUUUUGAUACGACACAAAUUUUUUGUAGCAGAAGAAAUAUUUUUUGAAGUCUCAUGGUGCUAAAAGGUGCUGUGCAAUCCUCGGAAAAUGCAGCGUGUGCCUCUGUCAGAAGCUGAGUUGCCGUGUGCCGCAAAUUUUAUGACGAAGGCAUAUUGAGAUGCUAUGGACUGUUUAGUGGCCUUUUAAAUUCCUGCCAUUUUUUGCAGGUAAUCUGCUAAUUGCUAUGCAUGUCUUAUGUCUGCAGCAUUUAUGGUGCUUCGAUGUUGGGUCCCCAAGUUCAGUCUUGUAGUUUUGAUGUCUGCUUUUUGUAGUGUAGAACUUGUUGCGAAUAUACAAGUGCGCUUUGCAGAGGUAGACAAGAAUCAGUAUUCACACUGUUUGCAGUGUGAGGAUGUACGGUCGGAAGCAGGACGGAUAUGACCUUCUUUCGCCUUUAUUUCACUGUGUUGGAAAAAAAAAAGAGAAAAGAAGUUUAGUAGCACUGCUGUAAGAAACUGUCCCUAGGUGAAUUCAGGGGAAAAAGUGCUUGGGGACUUGUCCAGAAGUUGCAAGAACUUCCAAAGAGCUCUGGCAUUUUUAAUGACUACUAAGCAUCAAAGCAUUACCCCUUCACAUUGCUUCCAACUGUGGGAUUAGAUUAUAGCAGGAGGACAAGCAUUGUGUGUUUGAUAAAGUUUGAAAAAAUGUAUAGUUAACUGAACCACACAGUAGUUGAGUGUCCGGAGUGGUGGUAGUUGUGCGUUGAAACGUGCAUGAGCAGUGAAUAUCUGCAAUGCAUGUAAUGUGGCAAAUUGCAAUUGGAGUCCAUCGAUAUCGACGUUUUCAUGAGGAUAUUGUGUCGCUGCACCACAUUCUAGAGUUUAGUGUCGCUCUGCCUGGCAUUUUUGUAUUGUGCAUGGUGUUUUUGUUCACGCUUAGAAGCUCUGUACAGAUUAUGUUUGAAACAAUCAAAAAAUGAACUUAUCACCAUUAUUGUGCCAUUCUUUUACGUUGGGCUAUACGUGCCACAAAGUUAUCAUUAAACACAUUUGUGAAGAUGUCA